AUGGCCCACGUACAAGGCGAUGAGGUUGACUUCAAAUUGAGUGGUGAGCGGGCGAACCAUGAGGCUGAAAUGAUUGGUUCAGAUCUUUGUGAUAACACCGAGCAUGCCUUGCAACCGUUUCGACCCAAGAUAUCGGUUGGUCUGUUCGUUGGGCAGGAACGCAUUCACAUGGCCAUGGUCGCAAAGACCGUCGAACUCAUGUCAAUUCAUCCAAGGGAGUUUUUUCAGUCGUCGGAAAGGAUAUCUAGUCGCCGUGUGUCGCUCAUACAACUCAGUGGCAACUUAUUCGAACUGCUGCCAGCAAGCGGAAGUGCUUGGGUUGUGUCGAAAUUUGCACACCAGGUGCACUCAACCACCAAUUUAUCAAGUACGGAACUGACGUUUUGGAUGGUGCCAGACAUGGCCGCCAACAACGCAUACCCAGCCUUUAGUCCAGAUAUCUCCGUGGCAAGUGCUCACAGCUUGUAUCAUAUACGGCUGCUCGGUUGCGUCGUUCCUCCGUCGACAACGUUUUCGAGACCAGAAUUUACCUUUGACUGUUUCAAUAUGUGUGUCCCUGGGUAUCCUGUUAGGAAAGUGCACCGGGGCAAGUCUCGACUAUAUCAUGUUGGUACAUGUAUCGUGGGCAACAUGCAUGUCGAUGCUCGCAAGUGUGGCGUGCCUUCAUAUCCAGCCUAG